CAGACGAGCUGUUUAGUCUAUCGUUUACCUCUCGACUUGACGCGCGACCUCCGAGAGCGAAGGGAAAAACGUACACACACUCGAACGCAGUGCGGUGCCCAAAUUUCGACUCGGGGAACAUUGGGAACGAAAAAAAACCAAACGAAAGGAUAGCGGGAACGAAAAAAAUUCCGAAUUACGAGGGUAGAGUGUUUCCCACCAGGACGAAGCGAGAAAGAAGAAGAGAAAAAAAGCCGGGAGGAAACACGCGAGGGAAACUUGUCAACAGGACGAAGAGAACCAGUGUGGGAAACGAACGAAAAGAAAAAGGAAGGAAGGAAGUGGGAAAACCGAAAAACCAAGGGAAGUCGGAUUGGACAAAAAUUGCAUCUGUCAGGAUCGGCGGCGUAUCCUUGGCGGGUGAAUCGAGUGUGUUUUGAAACGGUGCAAUCCAGCGAGGCAGCUCUCGACAGCGUGUUGCACACAGAACGAAGGGAAACGGAGAGCACACAACAAAUUGAAAAUAAAAAUAGGAAAUAGAGGGAAGGAUCGUGUGUGUGUGUGUGUGUAUUUGGGGGAAAAACGUCUGUUGUUACUAGAGGCAAACAACAGCAGAAGAAAUAUAAUUGCUGAACGUGAAGUGAGGAUCAAGAAUUGAUCAAAACGAAAGGAAUGAUUACACCAUUAGGGCCUGAUUAAGUGCAGCGGAAGCAGUUGAACGAACACGGACGACACCGCCAUUUGUCCGGCUGUCCGGUUGUGACCACGCCGUCAUCAUCAGCUGUAUGCGUGAAGAAGGUCUAGGCUAACGGAUUAACCGUAUGUGUGUGUUUGUACACAAUGUACACAAUAGAUGACCUUCACACACCACCGUGGCAGUGAAAGCAACAGCGAAUGUUUUUGUGCUAUCAGUGCACGGUUUGACAAAUUAAGUGUGAGUGCGAAAUAAUUAUCGGCGUGACACAACGAAGAAACCGAAAUCGACACACACCGAAAUAAAGCAGCAGCAGUAACAGCGAAAAUAAUAGGCGAAAGAGAAGAAAACAAAGUGUCAGCUAAUAACAUAUUAGAGAGAAAGAGAAUAGAUAAGCACGGAAAGUGUGUGUACAGGUGAAGCACUGAGGUAGUAGCGCAGCAGCAAAAAAAACGAGCAAAAUAACAGGAAAAAAAUCGCAAUCAACGGAUGAAGAGAGGAAACACCGCCAAGGAAGGUCUGUGUAAGUGUGUGUGUGUGUGAUCGUGUGCAAAAUAUAAUAACAACCCAACAGUGAAAAUAGCCGCAAAAAGUGAGGCAAAAUACGAAAAAGGGAAGAAACCAAACAAGAAGAUACACACAAGCGCUCUCUCCUAAGUUACAAAACACCGAAUCGAGCUGCAAAUAAGAAGCCAAAAAAGUAUCAAAGCAAAAAAAAGUGAUCAACAGUCAAAAAGAAGGUGCAGAGUGUCGAAUAAAAAAAACGCAAAAAUAAAAACGGUGAUCAUUUCAACUGCGCGCGAAUUAAAAUUCAAAGGAAGCAACCCAGAAGAUCUCGCGUGCCGAACCAGCAAAAACAACAGCAGCAGCAGCAGAAGCAGCAGCAGCAUUCCAGCUGGUUGACCUGUGUACGAGCGUUGAAGACUCGCUGCGAGCCGAAGCCGGGCAGCUAAAACAGGUUCACGAUUUGGAUUAGCUGUCAUCGCGGUCACCGAAUCCGACUCCGAAGCAGGCCUGAAUGGAUUAUCUACGAGGAGCACUCUAAUUCACAAACAGAUAUGACCAGGCUAUGAGUGCCCAGGGGGGCUCCCUAGGGGCUCCGUCAUUGGGUGUUGUAGAAUCUCCACCACGCGGAGAAUUCAACAAAAUCACAACGAGUAAUUCAAGGUGCAUCGCAUCCGGAACAUCGAAGCAAUAAAUGCGACGAACUAGUGCGCGGCCUAGGAAGUGAAUAUUAGUGCUUCUCUCUCUCGUAAAACGAAACAUCACAACGGGUUCUUUUGAAAAGCUAUGGUUGCAGCAGCCGGAGGUCAACAAGGCGGAAUGGAUGUCGGAUAUAACCCUCAGAUGAACAACAUGGCGAUGCACUCGCAGUCAUCAUGGAACCAAAUGAACGGCAUGAACCAAAUGGGUGGUGGAAUGAAUCAAAUGAGUGGCGGUGGUGGUGGUGGAGGAGGAGGAGGAGGAGGAGUAGCAGGAGGAAUGAACCAGAUGGGUUCCGGGAUGAGCCAUAUGAGCCAAAUGGGAGCAGGAAACGGCGGUGCAGGAAAUGGAGGAGUCGGCGUUGGAACGACAACCGGUGCGCCUGGUAACAUGGGGUCCAUGACCGGCAUGCAGAUGAAUCAGAUGGGUUCGAUGAACGGAAUGGGCAGCUACGGAAGGCAUCACCAACAGAUGAAUCCAAUGGCCCAAAUGAUGAACAUGGGCAUGGGUAUGGGAGGUCAAAUGGUACCGGGUGGUGGCAUGAAUGGAAUGAACCAGAUGAACGCCGGUAUGAACCCGCUUAAUCAAAUGAAUCAAAUGUCGCCGAUGUCUAAAAUGCAAGGAAUGGCCAACGGAUACCCUCCGCAUCCACGGCGGAUGGCGCCAUAUCCAAACCCACAAAUGCAGAUGGCUCAAAAGCGGUCGAUGUAUGGAAUGGGGCAGCAAGGAAUGCCCGGAGCUGGUUCGCAAUUCCCACCUCACCAAGCUUCGGGAGUUCCGCUACCCAUGCAAGCCAACACAGGCUACGGCAGGCAUGGACCAAUGCCUAUGAACUACAGGGGUGGACCUCCAAUGAUCCAGCGGCAACAGACGCCCCCCUACGCAGCAGCUGGUGGCCACAGUCAACAGUAUUACAACACGGGCUACCAAAAUAUGCAAGGCUACCAGCCGGACAUCCGGAUGAACUACCAGCAUAGUCCUGUGCCAGGAAAUCCCACACCUCCACUCACACCCGCCUCUUCCAUGACACCUUACAUCAGUCCAAAUCCGGAUCUGAAGCCAAACCUACCACACAAAGACGAAGAACUGCGACUGACCUUCCCCGUGAGGGACGGCAUCCUGUUGCCACCGUUUCGACUAGAACAUAACCUCGCCGUCAGCAAUCACGUGUUCCAGCUCAAGUCUACCGUGUACAAUACUCUAAUGUGUCGACCCGAUCUGGAACUACAACUUAAAUGUUUCCAUCACGAGGACCGACAGAUGAACACUAACUGGCCAGCCAGCGUGCAAGUCUCGGCCAACUCUACGCCACUCGAGAUUGACCGGGGUGACAACAAGAACACUCACCGGCCACUCUACCUGAAGCAAGUUUGUCAGCCAGGACGGAAUACGAUUCAAAUCACCGUUAGCACAUGUUGUUGUUCACACCUCUUCGUACUUCAACUGGUGCAUCGGCCGUCGGUAAACCACGUACUUCAUACGCUUCUGAAGCGAAACCUUCUGUCGGCCGAACAAGCAGUAGCCAAAAUCAAACGAAACUUUGCAGUCGGGCACACAACGAGUCCCAACCAGCCACUGGGGGGAAAUGGACCUGGAGUCGACAAGGAUUCGCUCGAAACGGCUACCUCUACCAAAGUCUCUCUCAAGUGUACCAUCACCUCCAAGCGAAUAGCACUUCCAGCGCGAGGUCACGACUGCAAGCACAUCCAAUGCUUCGACCUCGAGGCGUACCUGGCACUCAACUGUGAACGUGGCAACUGGCGAUGCCCUGUGUGCAAUAAACCCGCCCUCACUGAAGGUCUUGAAAUCGAUCAGUACAUGUGGGCGAUCCUAAACACGCUAAACUCUUCCAACACCCCCAACGGCAUGGACACGGAAGAGGUUGUGAUUGAUUCACAGGCCAACUGGCGAGCAAUAAAACCGGCUGGGGGAAGUGGCAAUAGCAGCAUACCUAGCGGCAGCACGACUGCUCCCGGUAGAAACACUCCGGGCAACGAUGGCAGUGGCCGAGCAAGUUCAACCCCGGGACUGCCAAACAUCAAACCCGACCCCGAUGGAGACAGCAAGCAGUUCAGCAAAGUCAUGUCUCCGGGGUCGACUUCGUUACCUACGUGGGACAACAUGAACGCCAUGAGUCCUUACAUGAGCCCAGAUAUGAGCUCAAUUGCCAGUGGAAGCAUGAUGGGAUCAAACUAUAACCAACGAACGCAGUUUGAUUCGUUCGGAAAUCCUAUCAAACAAGAGCCAGGAUCUACUGCACCUGGCGGAGGUAGUACGAAUGGGCCUGGAACUCCAGGUGACUUUGGAAACAAUCCUCUAGCACACCUCAGUGACUCUGUCAAUUCGCUGGAUCCAUUGAACGCGAUGGAGAAAUCCCUAAAUGACCAGAUGCCCCACACACCUCACACUCCACAUACGCCCGGUGGAGGAAACUCUUCCGGUCAUCCAAUGACCCCUGGUGGACCGCCAAGCGUACCACCAGCCAACGAUAGCAACUCAAGUCAAUCUGGAAAUGGAAACAGCAUCAACAACAGUAGCAGUAGUGCAUGUUCUCCAUCGAAAAUCGACUCUGUCGGCAACAACAACAAUCAAAACAGCCAUAGUAAUCCGGGAGCAAACAGUCUGAUGCAUUCCCCCCAACAUCAGCAAGCCAUGGGCAUGGGUAACAACCCAGCGGCGAACAUCAUGAACUCACCCCAGAGUUUGAUGAAUUCACCACAAAACAUGAUGAACUCUCCUCAGAGUAUGAUCAACUCAACCAACAAUCUCCAACAAAACCUGAUGAACACGAUGAACUCGAUGAUGCAAAAUCAACAGCAAAAUGGUCUCGUUGGAUUGACGGACGUAGAUCUGCCCGCCGAUCUUAACUUUGAUCCUGCUGCGGUCAUUGAGGGUGAAGGCGGUAACGAUUUAAAUCUCCUUCCUGACAACGUGGUCGAUCCGAUGGAGCUUCUGUCUUACCUAGACCCACCACCCGACUUGAACACACCUCCUUCCAGUGGAUCUAGCAACAAUGCCAACAGUGACGACAUACUGGCCGCACUGUUUGACUAG